GCCACUUCCCUAGUUACAGACACCGUCCGGCAGCAGGAAACCCUCCUGCCUGCUGAGCCGGGUUUCUGCUUUCACCCCACUUCAGCAGUUCUCUGAAAAUCCUUCUCUCUUGUUCAUGCCUCUGUCCUUCCCACACUCCAUGCGGGCUGGUACGUGCAUGUGCAGACUCGCGUUUGAAUCCAGGAAAGGCAGGUACACUCUGAAGGCUUACCGCAGGCAUGGCCAGCAGCGCAGCAGAUGGCGCCAACCACCUGCCCUUCUUUUAUGGCAACAUCACCCGUGAGGAGGCAGAGGAUUACUUGGUGCAGGGGGGCAUGACGGAUGGGCUCUACCUGCUGCGCCAGAGCCGCAAUUACCUGGGUGGCUUUGCACUGUCCGUGGCACAUGGGCGCAAGGCGCACCACUACACCAUCGAGCGUGAGCUGAAUGGCACCUACGCCAUCGCGGGUGGCCGCACCCACAGCAGCCCCGCCGACCUCUGCCAUUACCACUCGCUGGAGCCCGAUGGCCUGAUCUGUCUGCUCACCAAGCCCUGCAACCGACCUCCAGGUGUGCAGCCCAAGACUGGGCCCUUUGAGGACCUGAAGGAAAACCUCAUCAGGGAGUAUGUGAAGCAAACGUGGAACCUGCAGGGCCAGGCUUUGGAGCAGGCCAUCAUCAGUCAGAAGCCACAGCUGGAAAAGCUGAUUGCCACCACAGCCCACGAGAAAAUGCCCUGGUUCCACGGAAAUAUCUCUCGGGGCGAGUCUGAGCAGAUUGUCCUCAUAGGAUCAAAGACGGAUGGCAAGUUCCUGAUCAGGGCCAGAGACAACAAUGGCUCCUAUGCCCUUUGCCUGUUGCAUGAAGGUAAGGUGCUGCACUAUCGCAUCGACAAAGACAAGACGGGGAAGCUGUCCAUCCCUGAGGGAAAGAAGUUCGACACACUUUGGCAGCUGGUGGAGCAUUACUCGUACAAGCCGGAUGGUUUGUUAAGAGUUCUUACAGUUCCAUGUCAAAAAAUUGGCACACAGGCCGCUCAUCCACAAAGUUCCAGUAUUGCGACUUGGUCAGCGGGUGGAAUAAUCUCCAGACUCAAAUCAUACUCCUUCCCAAAGCCUGGCCACAGAAAGACUCACCCAUCCCCAGGGAGCCGGCCAGAGAGUACGGUGUCUUUCAAUCCCUAUGAGCCAGAACGAGGAGGGCCCUGGGCUCCGGAGAGAGGCACCCAGAGAGAGCCCCUGCCUAUGGACACUGAAGUGUAUGAGAGCCCCUAUGCAGACCCAGAAGAGAUCAGGCCCAAAGAGGUCUACCUGGACCGAAACCUGCUGACCCUGGAGGAAAAUGAACUGGGCUCUGGGAACUUUGGGACCGUGAAGAAGGGCCACUACCAAAUGAAGAAAGGCGUGAAAACAGUGGCUGUAAAAAUACUGAAGAAUGAGGCCAAUGACCCAGCUCUGAAGGCCGAGUUACUAGCAGAGGCGAACGUCAUGCAGCAGCUAGACAAUCCCUAUAUUGUGCGCAUGAUCGGGAUUUGUGAAGCCGAGUCCUGGAUGCUGGUUAUGGAGAUGGCCGAGCUUGGCUCGCUCAACAAGUAUUUACAGCAGAACAGGCAUGUCAAGGAUAAGAACAUCAUAGAGCUGGUUCAUCAGGUUUCCAUGGGAAUGAAAUAUCUGGAGGAGUGCAAUUUUGUGCACAGAGAUCUGGCUGCAAGGAACGUAUUGCUGGUCACACAACAUUAUGCCAAGAUCAGUGAUUUUGGGCUUUCCAAAGCUCUUGGUGCUGAUGAAAACUACUACAAGGCCCAGACCCACGGGAAGUGGCCGGUGAAGUGGUAUGCCCCGGAGUGCAUCAACUACUACCGCUUCUCCAGCAAGAGCGACGUCUGGAGCUUUGGUGUGCUGAUGUGGGAAGCCUUCUCCUAUGGCCAGAAGCCCUAUCGAGGGAUGAAAGGAAGUGAAGUUACUGCCAUGCUGGAGAAGGGGGAGCGGAUGGGCUGCCCUUCUGGGUGUCCACGAGAGAUGUAUGAGCUGAUGAACCUGUGCUGGACAUACGAGGUGGAGAAGCGGCCUGGCUUUGCGGCAGUGGAACUUCGCCUGCGCAACUACUACUAUGAUGUGGUUAACUAGCUGCUCCUGGCCUGUCUGCAGCUGCCUUGGGUCAGAUGCACUCCGAUGCACAGAUUUUCAGGGUUUCGUUCUUCCUCCGCCCGAGGCAAAGGCCAGCCCUGCUUGGAUCCCCGGACCACGCUGGUGCCUCAGUGAAAGCUGCCCGCCUCGGCCUCCCAGAACCAGCCCAGCCUGGCACAUGGGAGUGGGACUGAGACCUGGGGUUCCCUGGUUGUCGUGUCUGUACAGUAUUCCUAACAGAUUAUUUUUAGGAUCAGUCUCCAAUAGUUCUGCUGACCCGCGCCCGGGGCUAGGUGGUUCGGAGCGUUCCAGACUCCACCUUUCAGCAUCCAUGGCAGGACCUGGGGUUGGCAGGGGCAGAUCAGGGUCCCUGGCCAGAGAGAGGCUGCUGGGUGGGGGAAGUGCCGCCAGCUUAGAUCAAGCUUGAACAGUGCAGUUUCUAACUAAACAAGCUGCCAGUUAAUGAAACAGGAAUGAUAGGGAGCCUGGAUAGUGUGCAUGCUCUGCAGCAGGAGCCCAGAAACAUCGGGUGCAUUGAGCCCUGCUUGUGUGUGGCCUAGCGUGGUGGCAUCCCGGAAUCUGCCUCCUGCCGACCGCCUUGAGGACUGCCCUCAUGUACCCUGUGCCCUUGCAGGGACCAGUGACCCAGGUCCCGCACCACCGCUGGGGAGGCCAGCUGCCCCUCCUGUGUGACCAGUGCUCUCACUUUACUGGCAAUCCCCAAUGCAGGCCACUUCCUCUAUCUUCUGUUACUAUCACUGACACCUGAGCCUGGGUAAUUUAUAAAGAAAAACUCUCACACACUUCUGAAUGCUGGGGAGUUCGCAUCAAGAUCUGGCGCCUCGGGCAGUCCUCCCAUGUCAUAACAUGGCCAGGUCAUCACAGGGGCACAGUGAGUGUGCCAGCUCCCCUCUUCCUAGCCAUCUGGAGGGGGCUUCCAAAGAGCGCACCCGUUCAGGGCGAGACUACACUGGCCCUUGCCACACAUCGGCCUUGCCAAGUGUGACUUGUGCAAGACCUGGAAGUUCUCUUCUGGUCUCUGACUGUUAGCUAAUCCUUGACUUAGUGUUUCUUUAUGCAAAACGUUGCCCCUUAAUAGGAGUUUUGUUGGGGCUCUGGAAAGUUAAAAAGUGAAUCAGCCAUCAUUCUUCUCUUGGUAGACUCAUCAAGCUUGGGCGCAUCCCAUCUUCACACCUGCGGCACUUUAGCUUGCAUAAGACCCCUAACAUCGAGACAAGACAGGAGAAAGGGGGUAGUCAGGACCUUUGCUGAGCCAGAAGAUGUGAGUCAUUCAUAGAACUUGGGUCAAGGGAGUUUUAUUAACCAUUCACACUUUUGAAUUGCACUGGUGGUUUAACUGUUCUGUUAAAGAGCGGGUCCCUGUGUGUUGAGCUCACUGAGCAGAUCCUAGAAACACCUUUAACGUCCUGCAGUAACCAAGAUUAGUGGCAAAAUCUCAGCUGUGAAGCUGUCCUGAGAGGAAGGGUUGGCUGUGCUGCCUGGGGAAAGUGGCACACAGGUCCUGAGGAGGACCCAAGGCCCAGCUGGCAGGCCUGCCCCUGGAGCAUGCUUGCACUAGAGCCCAUGGACCCCAGGAACAGGGGCGGGGUGUGGAGUGGUGGAGCCCUGCACGUCUUCUUUCCAGUGUGAUUUUCCAGCCUCUUCGGCAGCAGCCUUCCUCAGAGUCCAGAACACUGCUGGGGCCUCACCUCCUUUGAGAAAGCUAUCCAGCUGGGCCUUGGGCCCUUCUGUCCUCUUCCCCAGGAUAGGCAGGCUCCGGGGUGCAGAAGUCCCAAGGUAGCCAGCGUGAGGGGCCUCCCUGGGGACCCACUCUCCUAUCCCUGGGGUUGCACUGAGGGAAGGCAGCCCCACUGAGAACGCUCAGACUGUGAGAAGGACCGAGUCCCCCUACAGUGUUUGUCCUGGGCGGGGUUUCCACACAGCUCCAGGAUGUGCUCACCUCUGUCUGCCUGGCUCUGCUUUGUCUGAGUGCCUCCCCUGGCUCCUCAGGAGCAGGGUGUGGGGGACUGUCCAGCUGCCUGCAGUGUCCCGCUGUCUGCAGAUGCCAAGACACCUCCUCCCACGCAGUACCGAAUGUGUCUGUGGCAAAACGGCAUCCGUGCAUGGUUAGAAUCGUGGUGCGUUGGCAUCUGAGCAUGCCUUGCCCCACUCACCAGUGCCCAGCCCCGCUUUGGUCUGCUGGACAGCGACUUCACACGAAUGUCACCAUGGCUCCCUGAUGUGUCCUCUGGGACUCCCCCUUGCAGGGGUAGUCACCAAGUUGUCCCUCUUCCCUGCCACCAUUAGCAAUGCAGCAUGUUUUGCAUUUAUUUCAGAGCUAUAUUUUGUCACUGGAGAUUUUUUCAGACUGAUUUUUAAUAAAAACUUUAAACUAC